AUGGCGGAUCCAAGCGCGGAGUCGGUCCAGCAGAAGAUACAGAUAGCGAGGCGGGAUGCAGAGGCCCUCAAGGACAGGAUAAAGCGCAAGAAGGAUGAUCUCGCCGACACCACCCUGCGCGCUGUCGCGCGAGACAGAGUGGAAGCCCUCCCACGAUUGUCGAUGAAAACCAAGCGCACAUUACGAGGACAUUUAGCUAAGAUCUACGCGAUGCACUGGUCGACUGACCGCCGGCAUCUCGUGUCCGCAUCGCAGGACGGCAAACUCAUCAUCUGGGAUGCGUAUACGACCAACAAGGUGCACGCCAUUCCUCUCCGGUCAUCGUGGGUCAUGACGUGCGCGUACUCACCUAGUGGCAACUACGUCGCAUGUGGUGGCUUGGACAACAUCUGCUCGAUCUACAACCUUUCGGCAAGAGAUGGGCCAACGCGGGUAGCACGAGAACUAAGCGGACACUCCGGAUAUCUCAGUUGCUGCCGCUUCAUCAGCGACAGGCGCAUCCUGACGUCCUCUGGUGACAUGACUUGUGUGCUGUGGGACAUUGAGACUGGUCAGAAGAUCUCGGAGUUCGCGGACCACCUCGGCGAUGUGAUGAGCUUGAGCAUAAACCCGCUCGACAACAAUCAGUUCGUGUCUGGAGCUUGUGAUGCGUUCGCCAAGCUGUGGGAUAUCCGACAACAAAAAUGCAGCCAGACGUUUGCUGCACACGACUCUGACAUCAACGCUAUUCAGUUCUUCCCGAAUGGAAACGCUUUCGGUACUGGUUCUGAUGACGCUUCCUGCCGACUGUUCGAUAUACGUGCAGAUCGCGAGCUGCAAAGUUACACAAUUGGCGAGCCCGUAUGCGGCAUCACGUCUGUGGCAUUUUCUGUAUCCGGCAGAUUGCUGUUCGCUGGCUACGACGAUUUCGAGUGUAAAGUUUGGGAUGUCCUCCGUGGCGAUCGCGUCGGCACACUCCAAGGGCACGACAACCGUGUGAGCUGUUUAGGGGUCUCCAACGAUGCGAUGUCGUUGUGCACUGGUUCUUGGGAUUCAAUGCUGAGAAUCUGGGCAUGA